AUGUGGAAGGAGUUUUUUUGCCGUGGUGCAUGGUUGUACUGGUCGUGGCCUGGUGUGAUCCUCAUAUGUGCUACCACCUGGUACCAAGUCCACUUAGACGUGGUGAUCAAUUCUUGGUUUGGAGACUUUUACGACUUGAUACAGAAAGCUCUGUCCAAAGAGUCAGAUGUGUCAAAAAGUGAAAUCUAUGGCUACUUGUUCACCUUUUCCAAAAUUGCGGGCACCUACAUCGUGGUGGCGGUCCUGUCUGUUUUCUUCACCAAGCACUGGACCUUCCGGUGGCGGCAAGCCAUGAAUGAUUUCUACAUUAAGCGCUGGAGAGACCUCCGCCACAUUGAGGGGGCCAGCCAGAGAGUCCAGGAAGACACCCGCCGCUUCGCCAUCAUGGUGGAAGACAUUGGGGCCACGCUCCUACAGUCGCUCAUGACUCUGGCAGCCUUCCUGCCCAUCCUUUUUGAACUGUCCAAGCCCGUGACCUCGCUGCCCCUGAUAGGGGAGCUGCCACAUGCCAUGGUGGUUCUUACCAUUGUUUGGGCCCUGCUAGGCACCGUGGGAUUGUCCCUAAUUGGCAUACGGCUGCCAGGGCUGGAGUUCCAGAACCAGCUUGUCGAGGCAGCGUUCCGGAAAGAACUAGUUUUCGGUGAAGAUAAGGAGGACCGUGCGCAGCCAGAAGUCGUGGAAGGACUUUUUGGGGCUGUGCGGGAGAGCUACUUCCAGCUCUACUUCAACUUCAUGUACUUUGACUUUGCCAAGUGGUCCUAUCUGCAGUUUGGGGUAAUUGUCCCAUACCUGGCGCUAGUUCCCUGUAUUGCAGAUGGCGGCAUCACUCUCGGGCAAAUGCAGAGGCUCGUGAAUGCGUUCAGCAGUGUGGAGCGCUCCCUUCAGUUCUUGGUUCGCAACUGGGCCCAGAUCGUCGAGUUGAUUUCUGUGUACAAGCGGCUGCGCCUCUUCAGCCUCACCCUCUCUGACGAGGCGAUCAUGCCUUUCUCCCUUUGCGGGAUGUUUUCCCAGGACGACGGCGAUUCCGAGUCUGGCGCAUCCAAGCAAGACUACAUCGAGCUGGAUAACAUGUCUACGGGCUCGGACAAGCCUUAG